AAUAAAGAUAUUGUAAAUUAUCUUAGGACCGAGAGGCCAGGCAAAGUGUCAGGAAUGCCCCCAGUCUUCCUGCUAGCUGGGUUGAUUCUGGCUCUGUCCAUCCCUGGCACUACAUCUGAGUCAGCCACGCUGCGCUUCCUGGGGCAAACGGACUUUGUUGUGAACGAGAGCAGCACAGCUGUGGUGCGACUUGUCGUGGAACGAGUGGGAGACCCAGUCAAUGUGACAGCUUUGGUUCUGCUAGAGGGAGUUGACACGGGAGAUUUUGAAGCCAUAAAUGCUGCAGCAUUUCUGUUGUCCACUGAGUCCAGUAAAACCAUUUUCAUUGCUGUAAAAGAUGAUGACAUCCCUGAAGAAGAUGAGAAAUUUACUUUCAAUCUUAAACUGCAGAGUUCCUCUAAUGGGGUGGUACUGGGAGCACCGAACAGGGCAACAAUUACCAUCCUGUCCAAUGACAACGCCUUUGGAAUCAUUGCCUUCAACUCAACUGAGGAGAUAGUUGUUGAUGAACCGAGAGGAAGGAAUCUUUAUGUGCCUUUAACCAUAGUCAGAGAAAAAGGAACCUAUGGGACCGUGACUGUGAACUUUGAGAUUUCUGAUGGUCCAAAUCCUGCUACUGAUGAUCUCAGUCCAGAUAGAGGGAACAUCACUAUCCCUGUAGGUCAGGCUGCAGUGAACGUCAGCAUCCUCAUUAAAGAUGACCAGAUCCCGGAGAAUGAUGAAGUGUUUUCAGUCAAGCUUACUGGUGUGGCUGGUGGAGCCCUUCUCAGCCCCAAUCGCAGCAGUGUCCAACUGCGGAUCCGUCCAAAUGACAGCCCUCUGCGGUUUUCCCUUGCAGUCAUGGCUGUGUCAGAGUCUGUGGGGGUCAUUGCACUCAACCUGACCCGGGGCCAGAUGACAGAGGAUGGGCCACUCAUUGGUUCUCUUGACACUCAGGUGUCUGUGGAUUACACUGUAGUGAGUGGUGAAGGACUGGGCAGCGCAACUCCGUCUGUGGAUUUUGUAGACAUGCAGCCUGUCAGAAGCAUCACAUUCCCUCCAUUUGUCUACAAAGCCAGACUUCUCUUUAACAUCACUGAUGAUGUUAUACCAGAAAUUGCAGAAUCCUUUCAUGUAGUCCUCUUGGAGGAGACGAUCAGAGGAGAUGCUGUGUUGGUAUCACCCAGCGCAGUGCUGGUAACUAUUGAGCCCAAUGAUAAGCCUUAUGGAGUCCUGUCCAUUAGCAGCAGCGCUCUUAUUCAGCCAAUCAGCAUCAACGAAGAUGUGACAAAGAGGUUUGAUGGCAUCGUUAUUGUAAGAAAUGGAGGAAGCUACGGUGCCGUGUCCACCAACUGGUCUAUCAGCAGAAACUCCAGUGAUCCCUCUCCAGUGUCGGAUGACUUAACACCUCAGGCUGGAAUAGUAAAAUUUGCUGCUGGUCAGGUGACUGCUGUGAUUUCAAUAAACAUUGUGGCCGAUGAUAAACCGGAAGAAGCAGAGGCCUUUGUUUUUAAACUGCUGCCCAACACCGUAACUGGAAACGCAGAGGUCAACGAACCUAUGCAGAUGGUGUUUUACAUCCAGGACAGUGAUGAUGUCUAUGGACUUUUUCGGUUCAACCCAGACAAGGAGCAGAGCAUUCAUAGUGAACCUGAUGGCAGAUUCCUGUCACUUAAUUUUGUACGAGAUGGCGGUAUACUGGGUGAUGUGACUAUGGUUCUUACUGCCCUCUACAUUCCUGCUGGUCCAAUAGACCCAGAACUGGCCCGUGACCAGGUUCUGAACGUUAGCAGACCUGUUAAUGUCAUGUUUUCCCGUGAGAGGAUGGUCCAUGUCAUACUGCCCAUCAGAAAUGAUGCCUUUCUUCAAAAUGGAGCUCACUUCUUAAUACAGCUGAAUACACUGGAGCUGGUUGAUAUCAGCCCAGCCAUUCCAUCAAACAGCCCAAGAUUUGGGGGACCUCUAAACCUGACGUUGACUGUCACCCCUGACAUUGCUAAUGGUGAAAUUGGCUUCAUAAGUAACACCACAGUGGUGCUUUUUGAACCAGAGGACAGCAACGCAACCAUGAUUAGCCUCCCUCUGCGGCGGGAUGGGACAGAUGGUCAGGCUGUGGUGUUCUGGAGUCUUCAACCGACUGGAGCUAAUCGUGAGGAUGUCACAGUUAAUGACCUGAGGCCAUUUAAUGGCUCCAUUGUCUUCCUCUCCAAGCAGAGUGAUGCCUUCAUCAAUCUCACUGUCAUGGCUGACGAUAUCCCUGAAGUUAACGAAACCUUACUGCUCACUCUAGAUAGGAGUAAUGUUGAGAAUCAGAUCCUGAAAGCUGGCUUUACCAGCAGAGGAAUUGUUAUCAUGGAGAACGAUGACCCAGGAGGAGUGUUUGAGUUCUCGCAGUUCUCCAGAGGUCCCUGGUUCAUAAAUGAAGGUGAGACUGUGGAGCUGCACGUGGUCAGAGCUCAGGGACAACUUCUAAAGCAGCUGAUACGAUAUGCUGUAGUGCCCUCAGGCAGUGCUGAAUUCUACGGUGCUACGGGCAUCAUGGAGUUUAAACCUGGGGAGAGAGAGGUGGUAGUGGCUCUGGUCGCGAUAGCUGAUGGGGUACCUGAGCUGGACGAGACGUACUCUGUGGUACUCAGUAGCUACAGCACUCCACCCAGUCGCCUCGGCAACUAUAGAGAAGUUAACAUCACUAUACGGAAAAACGACGACCCCUUUGGGGUAAUUGAAUUCAUCAAGUCAGGGCUAACAGUGACCAUCAAUGAGAGCAAAGGGGAUGUAAUCUAUCAGGCUGUGUACCACAUAGUGAGGAACAGGGGUCACUUUGAAGAAGUGUCAGUGUCUUGGUUCAUGGAGCCAGCCUUGUCCGGAGAUGUUACCCCCCUCCGUGGCAACAUUACAUUCAAAGAAGGAGAAUACUUGAAAAACCUCACCGUGUUCUCUGUACCUGAUGAGAUUCCAGAAGACAUUGAAAAUUUCACCAUCGUCCUGUCAAAUGCAACAGGAGGAGCAAGACUGGGAAACGUACUAAGUGCCAUUUUAUCUAUUAAUAAGAAUGAUGACCCUAUUUACUUUUCAGAGCCAGUCAUUGUGCGUGUUCAUGAAGGAGGCGUUGCCAACUUUACUGUCCUGAGGGCAGGCCGGGCUGACUUUGUGACUUCAGUGAUGUAUCGAGUGGCUUACGGCAACGCAUCACCAGAUGACCUCACUGUUCUGAGUAAUGGCACGUUGCUGGUUUAUGGUGUGGGAGAAUGGAUGAAGAACAUAUCUGUAGCUGUUGAAGAUGAUGACAUACCCGAGACGGAUGAAACAUUUUACAUUAUUCUCUAUAAUGCCACUGGCGAUGCUGUUGUGUACGGAGCAAACACAGCUACAGUAGUGAUUGAGGCCAAUGAUGACGCCAAUGGAAUUUUCUCUUUGGAAAGUGUAGAAAAAUCUGUUGAAGAGGGAAAAACCAAUGGUUUUAAUGUAUUACGAGCAAAGGGCCAUUUUGGUAAUGUAACAGUCUUCUGGCAGCUGUUUGCCAAUGACUCAGUAACUCCUCUUGAAGAAAGCCAGGAAUUUACAAACACAUCAGGCUCCAUCACCUUUGCUUUGGGGCAAGAAACCAAGCCCAUCAUCCUGGAGGCCAUCUCUGAUAAACUUCCAGAGUUUAAUGAGUUUUUUGUCCUCAGACUGAUAAAUAUUUCAGGUGGUUCCCCAGGGGGUGGUGGACGACUGGCUGAGACAUCUCUGAAUGCCUCCGUUCUCAUCCCAUUCAAUGAUGACCCAUUUGGUGUUUUUGCCAUUGCUGCCACAAACCUGGACCAAGAAGUAGCUGAAGAUGUCCUCUCCAAAGAUGAUAUGACUGACGUCACAUCGUUCACCAUUGUCCGACAGCAGGGCACUUUUGGUGAUGUGCGAGUUUCCUGGGAGAUCUUGUCUGAACAAUUCCCACAGGGUCUUCCUCUCAUGGAUGAUCUGCUGCUUCUAGCUUCUUUUCCUAAUGUGGUUGAGCUCAGGCCUUUUGCCAGGAGACCCCACUCAGCCACAGAUGCUCGUUUUUUUUCUGGGCUUCCAGGAGCUUAUGGGACCAUCUCCCCUGAACAUUCACCUGCUGCUAUUGGUAACUUCACCUUCUCAGCUUGGCUGGUGCCCACAAUAAACACUGAUGGCUUCAUAAUGUCCAAAGGAACCAGAAAUGGGAGCUUGUAUUAUGGAGUGAAGGUCCAUAUUAAUCAGUCACAUGUUACAGUGAUGCUGUACUACACAACUACAGGCUCAAAUAUUACCCAGUUAGCCAGGGCCACUGCUGAGAAAUUUGUGGAACAAAAUACAUGGCUAUAUGUCAUCAUAACAUGCGAUGACGGGAUUGUUGAGUUUCUUUUGGAUGGGACUUCUAUACCUGGGGGACUGAAAAGCAUCAAAGGAGAAGGCAUCACUGAUGGACCUGCUUCGGUGUUUAUCGGGUCAGAUGUUGAAGGUGAACAGCGCUUCACUGGCCUCCUCCAGGAUGUCCGCCUGUACCACACAAAGCUUAACCACAGCCAGAUUUAUGAACUCCACGCUCAGCCCCCUAAAACGGACUUGCGGAACAUCUCAGGUUACCUGCGGUACUGGCAGGAUGAGAGGCAGAAGUCUUUUGUGGUGGAGGUCCGGGACGAUGACGUGGAGGAGGGAGAGGAGGUAUUCUAUCUGCAGCUGGUAGCUGUGCAGGGUGGAGCUCGCCUUCCCUUUCCCAGACCUACUGCUGUUUUACGAAUCAUGAAGAGUGACAAUGCCAACGGGCUUUUUGGGUUCACCGGUGCGUGCAUACCUGAUACUGCUGAAGAAGGCUCCACCAUCUCCUGUGUGAUUGAGCGCACACGAGGAUCACUGGAUUAUGUCUACGUAAACUACACUGUCACCCAACUAGGCAGCUUAAAAAAUGACAGCCCAGCUCGUCAGGAUUUUGUUAAUGCGACUGGAGUCGUGCUUUUCAAGCCUGGAGUGCGCUUUGAGGUUCUGAAUCUGUUGGUGUUUGAUGAUAAUGUCCCAGAGCUAGCAGAGUCUUUUCAGGUUGCCCUGGUCUCAGCAAAAUCCAGUGAUGGGAAGCCAGGCUCCACCCCCACCAGUGGUGCAAGCAUCGAUCCCAAUAACUCUGUUAAUAUGAUCACAGUCACAGCAAGUGACCAUCCUUACGGCCUGCUCCAGUUUCAGCCAAGUCAUCCACCGGAUGGUUUGAUUUCUCCAGCAUUAGAACCAGUCCACAUCACUGUCAGUGAGGAGGCUGGACAGAUCCAUCUACCAGUGGCCCGGGCCCAAGGCCUUUUGGGAAAAAUUAUGGUGGGAUACAGGACUACACCCUUCACAGCAUCCAGCCCAGAAGACUACAAGGGCAUGUUAGAGUUUUUACCAGGGGAGAGGUUAAAGUUCAUCAACGUGACCAUUGUGGACAAUCCUGUCCCGGAGCUGGAAAAGAUUUUUCGAGUGGAGCUCUUUAAUGCUGAUGGUGGAGUGUAUCGUUUUCUGCAUGGUGAAGAGGCUGGUAGUGGGGAAGGUGACUCUAACUUCCUCCAACCGUCCUAUCACCAUCAUGGUAAUUUGGGAGCUGCAUCUCGCAUCGUGGUCACCAUCGCUGCCUCUGAUGAUGCCCAUGGCGUGUUUGACUUCAGUCCUCAAACUGUUUCUGUUAAUGGAACAGAACCUGAGGAUGGACGGGAUUCUGUCAUCCUGCAGGUGGAUCGUUCCUUUGGGGACCUUUCCAAUGUAACAGUGUACUGGGAGGUUGAUUCCAGGUCUGAGGGUGAGCUCCUCAGCAGAUUUGGGAACAUCAGCUUUGGUGUUGGGCAGAAGUCGAAGAAUUUCACCAUUGGCGUUGCCCAAGAUGCGAUCCCCGAGUUGGACAAAAGAUACACUGUUACUCUGGUUAACGUUUCACAUGGUCGCCUGGGUGUCAGAACAUCUGCUACUCUGACUAUACUCGCCAGUGAUUAUCCUUAUGGUGUUUUUGUAUUUGCCAAUGCAACAAGGUCUAUUCGGCUUCCUGAAGCUGAUGUCACUGUUUCCCUCACUGUCCUAAGACUGAAAGGCCUCAUGGGUCAGGUACGAGUAACAUAUGGGACACUAAAUGAGACAGAUCCACAACCUUACAGCACCCCUGGGGUGGGCCGUGCAACCGAGGGGAAGGAUUUUGUUCCUCUGAUGGAUUCUGUUGUGUUUGUAGCCAAUCAGACUGAGGCAAAUAUCACCCUUAGAGUGCUAGAUGAUGAGGAUCCAGAACGAGACGAAUCAAUCUUUGUGAAAUUGAUCAGUGUUCAUCUGAUCAAAGGAGAGCAGGAGAGACUAAUUUUAAAUUCUCCCUCUCUGGGCUCUAUGACUGACACCAUAGCCCAGGUAGUGGUGGAGGCCAGCGACGAUGCUUAUGGAAUCCUUCAGCUGUCAGCUUCUGCUGUCAGUGUGGCCGAACAUUACGUUGGGCCCAUUAUUAAUGUCACACGUGUUGGGGGGAUUUUUGCUGAUGUAUCUGUCAAGUUCAGAGCAGUGCCUGUGACCGCCACAGUUAGUGAAGACUACAGCGUAGCAUCAACCGACGUGGUCCUUUUAGAGGGAGAGUCCAGUAAAUCUGUGCCCAUCUACGUUAUUAAUGAUGUGGUGCCUGAGCUGGAGGAGACCUUUAUUGUUGAGCUGCUCAACCAAACAACUGGGGGUGCUCUCCUGGGAGAGCUCACACGUGCCAUCAUCACCAUACUGCCUUCUGAUGACCCUUUUGGGGCCUUUGUUUUCCAGGCUCUUCCAGUUACAGUAGAGGAGCCAGAAUCCAACUCUGUUGAGGUCCCACUUCCUGUUGUGCGCAAAGCUGGUACUAUUGGCACAGUGGCAGUCCAAUGGAGGGCGACUGUUAAUGGUAAACUAGCAGAAGGGGACAUCAGACCCACAUCAGGAGAGGUUAAAUUUGCUCCUGGAGAAACCAUGAAGACACUGAAAGUGGAGAUUUUAGCAGAUGACAUACCUGAAAUUACAGAGAUUAUUAAAGUAGAGCUAACUGGUGCCAGUAAUGGAGGAAACUUGGGAGCCGAUACAUCUGUUAACAUAAUAGUGCCUGCCAAUGACAACCCUUAUGGGACAGUUUACUUUGAACAGUCUGUUUAUCAUGUUCAAGAGCCACUGGAGGGAGUUUACAAAGCUAAUAUUACUGUCCGCCGGAGUGGGGGUCACUUUGGUCGAUUGGACAUCCAGUACAGCACAUCUGAGAUUGAUGUUGUUGGCUUGACUCAGACUAAUGGCCAGAACCUGUUGAUGUACUUCAACCCUCCAAAGCCAGGUGUUCCAGCCAAUACACCCCGUAUAAAAUUUAACAUCACAGGUCAGGUAGAUCCCGUGGCUGCCUGUGCUGCUGCAUGUUUGAGAGAGCGUGCCUGCCAGGCCUUCACUCUGUCUUCAGCUGUGACCCUGCCGUCCUGCUCAUGGGUGACCUCAGGGGUUGAGCAGCUGGCCUCUGAAAGUCAGGCAUUUACCUAUAUUAAAAACUCUACUGCAGCUGCUGUGUUGUUUAGCUCCCAGGCUAUGGCAGGAAGUGAUUACUCCCCCAUGACAGCUCAAAGUGCCUACAUGGAUGAUGGAUCAGGAGUUGCCAACGUUACAGUUCUAAUUUUGACUGACACAUUCCCUGAAAUGGACGAGAGUUUCAUGGUACAUAUAUUAAAGGUAGAGCUGGUAAAUUUGACGGUGUCACAGAAGAACUUGCCCUCGAUCGGUCAGCCAGCCAAAGCUGUAGUCACCAUAGGAGUGAAUGGAGAUGCUUUUGGUAUAUUUUUGAUUUACAGUCUCAGUCCUAAUGCUACAAAUAAUGGACUGUUUCUGGAGGUUCGUGAAGGGCCUCCAGUUGUGGUGCCACUGGUUAUAGAGAGACGAGGAGGGAAUUUGGGCAGAGUCACUGUGGAGUGGAGAUUUGUUGGAGGGAAAGCCACGUCAGGUGCUGACUUCAAUGGGACUGGAGGAACUCUGGUCUUCGAUGGUGAUCUUAAGAAGACCAUUGAGAUAGCAAUCAAUGAUGAUUCUGAACCAGAAGACAAUGAGAGCCUCAUGAUUGGUCUUGUUAACACAGCCGGAGGAAGUCGAAUUCUGCCCAGCUCGGACACUGUAACCAUAGUGAUACUGGCUAACGACAAUGUGGCAGGGAUAGUGGGAUUCCAUUCAGCCUCACGUUCUGUCAUUGUCAGGGAAGGUGAAAAACUGUCCUUAUUGGUGGUGAGAACAGCUCCUGGUCUGGGUAAUGUCACGGUGGACUGGGCUGUACAAGGUCCUCUCGUACAGCGGACCUUCUCUCAAAUCUCAGGCACACUUUUCUUCACUGAGGGACAGCAAAAUAAAACUAUCCUCCUGCAACUUCUGGAUGAUGCCACACCAGAGAACAAAGAUGAAUACAGAGUUUUACUGUCAAACAUACAAACAUUUGGUGUAGGAGAAACAGGCCGUGCUGCCCUGAUUAAUAUUGAUGCAGUGCUUACUGUCGACACCAGUGAUCAGCCCUACAGCCUGCUGACUAUUGCCCCAUCAUCCCUCAGGGUAACCACUGAGGAACGGGACCACGUCAUAAACAUCUACAUCAACAGGGGGGUUGGAGCCUCAGGUGUGGUGAAUAUUACCUAUGAGGUAAUAAGAGGUUCCUUACAAAACCUGUCUGUGGUGGAGGGGGCUCUGGCUGAUCCAGGACGAGACUUCAUCGCUGGUGUUGGUUCUGUGAUCCUUCAAGAUGGACAGACCUCAGUUGGCAUCCCUGUUACCAUUCUGGAGGAUGACAUUCCCGAGUUACAGGAGUUUUUCUUGGUCAACAUAACAUCUGCAGUACUCAUCACAACCCUCACCACAUAUCCCCAACUAGACACCCAGGGUUUGGUUGCAGAAGUCAGUAUUGCUGCUAAUGAUGGCAUCAGAGGGGUCAUCGAAUGGACAAACACCAUGUUUGAAGUGAAUGAAUCAAUAGGAGCACUGACCCUUGUGGCCUACAGAAACAAGGGGACAUACGGAAAUGUCUCCCUCAUGCUUUAUGCUCAAAACCUGGAAGCGCAGCAGGGACUUGACUACAACAUCAGUGACACGAUACUCCACUUUGUUAAUGGAGAAAGGUACAAGUUUGUCGAAGUGCAGAUAAUCGAUGACGCCACUCCAGAGGGACCCGAACGAUUCCAGCUCAUCCUGUCUCAACCAUCCGCCGGCCUGGAGCUGGGCACCAACACCACAGCCACUGUGAAUAUCCUGGCCAGUGAUGAUGGACAUGGAGUGCUUUCCUUCAACACCAGUGAUCAUUUUCUGCUGAGAGAGCCGACCUCCGUGUCACAGCUGAGCGACAGCAAAGCCAAACUUUUUGUGGUCCGGAACCCAGAGGAAGGCACCUUUGGAACCGUGUCCGUUCAGUUUACCAUCACUGAUGCCAACGGCAGCCUCGCAGAGGGUGAUGUGAUACCGACACAUGGGUUUGUGGUUCUGGAAGAUGGAGUUAGAUUUAAAAUGCUGGAGAUCAAGGCAGUACUUGAUGCUGAACCUGAGGGGAAUGAGACCUUCACAGUGGCUCUGUCCAACCCAACAGGAGGCGCUCGGCUCGGCAACCAGCUCCAAACUUUUAUCACCAUCCUGGCAAACUUGGCUCCAUCGGGCCUAUUCCGAAUUGGACCUACUCUCAACAGAACCAUUACAGAUGUGAUUGUUAAUGAAGGAAGCAGGGCAGUCUUCCUCACGGUAUCUCGCAGUAAUGGUUUGGAGUCAGCUGUGAGUGUGGAAUGGGAGAUGCUGUCUGACGCAGCUGUUGCCUCUGAGGGUCUCCUGCCCGUCUUGGGCUUGUACCAGAGCUUCACAGACAACCCCACAUCUGCUUGGUGCUCUCUUCCUGAAGAUCCUUCCUUCUUGGCUGUGAGGUUGGAUUUAAAGCCCAUGAUUGGAUCCUCCUACACUUUUGCCACUCUGUACAGGUGGCAAGGUGUUUUUGUGCCAAUAAAGUCCGUUAGGGUUCAGGACCCAGCCUCGUGUGUUGGGUUUGCAGUGAAUGGUUCCACCUACAUUGGCAUCACACAUGGUGGUCCUCCCUUCUUUCCUGCUGCCAAUCUCAGCAUUUUCAAACUGCAGAAGGACCUCAACAUCACACUGGAGCAAAUUUUAGGUGUCGAGCCUCUGGAUGUGAAACACUUCUCCUCUGAUGGCAAACAUUACCUUAUAGCAUCCAGCCAGAUAUUUGUUUGGACAGGCAGCUUUUUUACCCUCCACCAGACCCUUGACUUUCAGCAAAACAUCCUCAGCUUGACUCCAUUCACUCGUGCAGGUGUGCCCUACCUGCUGAUGUGCGUUGACAGCCAGACUUUAGGCUGCCGGGUGCUUCAGUGGACCGGCGGUAGAUUUCAGAAUCCACAGGGUCUCCCAGUCACCGGCAGAGCCAUCCGGGUGGAGGUGAUCAACACAAGAACAGAUGGUGCUCUGCUGCUGAUUGCUGUUGAAGGUUUCCCUCCAUCCUGUAAGGUGUUUCAGUGGACCACAGGAGACCCUUCACCACUACCCAAUCAGUCCAUUCCACACCCGGGCCUCACCUCUAUUCACUCUUUUAUUUCAUCUUCUGGGAUCCCUCAUGUCAUGCUAGCUGGAAGAAAUGGUUCAUCGUUGUACUCUUGGAGGUCUGACAUCAAACUGUUCACCAUGAUCCUGAGGGCGCCUCCAGCUGUUAGCUUCACCUCAUUUAUGGUCCCGUCUCUUAACGCCACAAAGACCCUUCUGGCCUCUGCUGAGGACAAUAGCUCCACUGUUUACCAGUUUACUUCUGUCUCAAAUCAGUCCGAUUUUAUACCCAGUUCUGGGGAGUUGUACUUUGCGCCGGGUGACAGAGAGCUGGAGUUAGCAGUGAACGUCAUAGACGACGACAUCCCCGAGGUGGAGGAGUACUUCCAGGUCAGACUGAAGAACCCAAAAGGUGGAGCAGAGAUUGGUUUUGGUGGUCAGGUGACAGUUUUUAUCCCAACUAAUGAUGAUGCCCACGGAGUUAUCGGCUUUGCUCAGAAUUCUCUGUACAUGGAGGUGGAGGAACUGGAACAAAACAACCUAAUUUCUCUCAGCAUGGAGAGGAAAAGGGGGACUUUUGGUAGAUUGACAGUUCACUGGGCUGCUAAUGGGAGCUUGGCUGACAUUUACCCCACCUCUGGGGUGGUGACAUUCUCUGAGGGCGAAACACAAGCCAUCAUCUCAUUAACCGUAUUAGCUGAUGGUUUCCCAGAGCUGAGCGAGAGUGUCACAGUCGCCAUCCUGGGCGUCAACACUUUGGGCCUUCAGGACCAGCAACAGGCUGCCGUCAUUGACAAGCAGCGGGCUCAGGCUCUGCUCACCAUCCUACCGAAUGGAUCUCCUUACGGCGUGAUAGGGUGGCAUCUGGACUCCCAGUUUAUACUAACGCAGGAACCACCGAGAGCUCCGGUAAAUGUGACUCUUUCUAUAAUAAGGGAGCAGGGCUCCACGGGUGAGGUGGUGAUCCAUUAUCAAACCAAGCCGGCUCUGUACCAGCCCCCCUCUAAUCAGGCCUCUGCCGGAGUGGAUUAUUUAGCCAAAGAUGACACUGUUGUCAUGAUAAAUGGUGCUACUGUGGCCCUUGUCAUUGUCACAGUCCUACCAGAUGAUAUCCCAGAGCUUGCAGAGAGUUUCCUGGUAAAUAUCACUGGAGUGGAGCUGGUUAGAGGCUCUGUUGGAGCUGGGCAGCCAAGUUUGAAGAGGCCUGGUUUGGAGGUAGCAGAGAUCACCAUCCAGGAGAAUGAUGAUCCACGAGGGGUUCUGCAGUUUAACAUUUCUGAGGAUAUUCCUGGAAGUGUGAUAGCCUAUGAGAUCCCACCACCAGACAACAUCCUUCAUCUGUCAGUGGUGCGACUUGCUGGUACAACUGGGAGACUUUUGGUCUACUGGGAGGCUGUGCCAAUCACUGCUGCUCUCAAUGACUUCAGCCCCAUAUCAGGAAACAUCACCUUUCAAGAUGGUCAGAAAGAAGCUACUGUAGCCAUCACCAUCUUGGAUGAUGAUCAAGUGGAGACCUCAGAGACCUUCAGAGUGGAUUUACUGCGUGUGAUUGGUGGUGCACGUCUUGGACAGGCGACCUCGGUGACCGUCACUGUUCCACCAAAUGACUCGCCCCUCGGACGAUUUGGAUUUCAGGGACUGGAGGUUGUUGUCAGUGAGCCAGGGUUUGAGAAGGAUCCUGCCGCUGUGGCCACGCUGGUUGUGCUGCGUAGUGCUGGAGGCGUCGGAGCCGUGACGCUGGUGUGGCAGGUUGAAGACCGGGCUGCACGUGACCUUUCACCUCUUAAUGGAACUCUUGUCUUCUCUGAGACUGAGACUGUUAAGUCUUUUGUAAUUAGAGCCCUCGCUGACGAAGUGCUGGAAGGAGAUGAGCAUUUUACUCUACGUCUGUUUCCUGCUGACAGUGGUGCUGUCAUUGACCCCUUACAUGGUGUGGUCACCAUCACCAUCAGGGCAGACAUGGCAGCUCUGGGGAUUAUUGGAGUAGCGGAGUCAUCAAGGAACAUCAUCAUUGGAGAACCUCAAGGAGCAUAUAAAGGGAUUUCCACAGUCAGCCUUGUGCGAGGUCCCGGUGUUUUUGGAGAUGUGCAGGUCUUUUGGAACAUCACUCCUGCUGUAGCCUCUGAGUUUGCAACCAUUUCUGGCACUGUGAUCAUGAGAGAUGGACAAUCGAAGGCUAACAUAACUUUGACGGUCCUCGACGAUGAAAUCCCUGAAGAGCGCACUGAGUACCAGCUCUCACUCACCUCAGCUACAGUAGGACUGGAGAUAAGUCCCACAGCCAGGAAUGCCACCAUCACUGUGGCAGCUAGUGACCACCCUUAUGGCAUUUUCUCCUUCACCCACCUUGAGCUCAUGGUGAAAGAGGAGGAGGGAACGGUCAAUGUGACAGUGAAUCGCUCCCGUGGCAGUUUGGGUCGUGUGUGGGUGAGUUACAAGACCUCAGGAAACACAGCAGUCAGUGGGUUGGACUUUGCACAAGCUUCUGGACGACUGCUGUUCACACCAGGCCAAACCUCACAAAACAUCACACUGUACCUACAAGAUGACAGUCUUCCAGAAGGGCCUGAAAUGUUUUUUGUCAACAUCACUAAUGUAGAGCUGCUCAACCUCAGUCUUGUGGACUACACAGUGCGAGAGUCAGGACUGCAGUUGGACCAGCCUCCAGCUGUAGGCAACAUCUCAUCUCUUGUUGUGCUCAUACAGCAAAAUGACAAUGUUGAAGGUGUCCUGGAGUUCAGGCAGGACUAUCUUAACAUCACAGUUGAAGAGGAUGUGAGUACUGUCCUGAUCCCUGUGGUGAGGAGAGUGGGUUCAUAUGGACCGGUCUCUGCUCACUUUAUGUCACGAGGCUUGAGUGCAACUCCUGAUGUCGACUACAUCCUGCACAACGACUCAGUGACAUUUGUCAACGGCCAGAACAUCAGCUACAUCAACGUCACUGUUAUUGAUGACCUGGACAGUGAACCUGCUGAAACAUUUGAGGUCCUGCUGGUUGGAGCUACAGGAGGAGCGGUUCUAGGACCCCAGCAUGUUGCGAGGAUAACCAUUGGCAAGAGUGACUCUCCAAGCGGUGUGGUCCGCUUCGCAAAUGAAAGUUUAAUCACUGUGCCAAACCCUGGCUCUAUGUUAAAGCUCAGUUUUGUUGUGGAGCGAGCAGGAGGCCUUUUGGGCAAUGCAACGGUUGCUUGGAUCAUCCUAGGACCUAACAGCAGAGAGGUCCUUCCCCCAUUGAACACAGACAUUAGAGAGCCUGUGAAUGGGUCCUUCUUUUUUAAAGAUGGAGAAGCAGGUAAAGCGACUAUAGAGCUGCGGAUUCUGCCUCAUGGUGAAGUGGAAGUGGAGGAGACGUUUGUCAUAAAGCUCAGCAUCCUUUUCGGAGAGAUGGAUGUUGAUCCUCACGCUGGCUCCAUAACACUCAAGAUAGAGAAGUUUGGUGACCCGAAUGGUAUAGUCCAGUUCACCGACGAUGCUCUUCGAGAACAUGUGUUCAAUGAAUCCACAGAAGCUGAGGGUCCACGUAACAUUUCCUUGUUGGUUACACGAAGAGAGGGUGUCAUGGGCAAUAUCACUGUCCACUGGCAGAUACAAAGUAAUUCAGAUAUAAUAGGUGACUUUCAAGCAUUUACCGGCUCAGUAAUGAUUCUGGAAGGCUACAGAGAAGCAGAGAUUAUCCUUCGCCUGAUGCCUGAUACAGUGCCAGAGCUGGAGGAGCUCUAUAUUCUCCAGCUCACAGCUGUGGAGGGUGGUGGGACUCUGGAUGCCAACACAAACCUUAUCAGAACUUACAUAAGGGUGCCUGCUAAUGAUGAUCCUCACGGUGUGUUUUCCUUGAACCCAGUGCAGCAGUCUGUAGUGGUGGUGGGUUCAGGGUCUGGGGUCAACAGAACUCUGAUUGUGAACGUGACUCGGCUUUCUGGGCUGUUUGGGAAUGUCAGUGUGGGUUAUAAGAUCAGUGGGGAGGUAGGCAAGUUGAUGGACAUCCAGGAGAUACUGGGAGGACGAGCUGAAGGGAGGCUGCUCAUGACAGAGGGACAAACUUUCAAAGAAAUCACCAUCCCCAUCAGUAGUCAGACAUUUUUGUCGGUGGGUGCGAGCUUCUCCGCAGAGCUCACUGACGUUAGACUAGUCAGUGCUGUCCAAGGCUCCCUGCCUCGCCUCCGUCCUGAGACCAGCGUCGCUAUGGUGACUGUACCUGAAGAAGCUGCAAGCUCACAGGUUGGCUUUGCCUCAGUGGCUCUGCAGGUUUUGAAUGUAGAAACAGGGACAUGUGAGGCUGAAGUGAUGCGAACAGGCCUGUUUGGAGAGAUAAGGGUGCAGUGGAAAGCUGGUUUUCCUUCUGGACAGGAUCCACCUGGCUUCAGAACUGGGCCCAUUGUCCCAAACUCAGGCUCUCUGAUCCUGGCUCACGGAGAGAGGAAUAAAACCGUGUAUUUCACUGCAGUUGCUAACGGAUCAGAAGCAGCUUCCUAUGCUGUACACCUGACUGAUGCCACCGCUGCAGGUGCUGCUGUCAGGUCAGGCUUUAUGGUGGCAGAAGUGGAGCCGCUAGGUAUUUACCAGUUCGCCCCUGAUUCCCGACAGCUUGUCAUUGCUGAGGACAUCCAGACGAUAACACUUCAUGUCCAGAGGCUUUAUGGUUUUCGUAGUAACACUACUCACUUGUCCUAUACGACUGUAGAAGGCAGUGCAGCAGCAGGGCAGGAUUUUCUUGCAGUGCCAAAUGGUCGUUUGGUCUUUGACUCACCUCAUCAAACAAACUCCUCGUUCAGCCUUUCGAUACUCGAUGAUGCCCUUUCAGAGCCCAAUGAGUACUUUCACGUCAAUUUAACGCAUGUUCAGGUCCUAACUCCAAGUUUCGUCUGGGUGAAUACGCCUCCUCGGCUCAACCCUCAGCACAGCGUGGCUACGGUCACCAUUCUGGCCAGUGAUGCAACUGGUGGAGUUCUGAGCAUUGGACCUGUUCAGGUCCAAGUACCAGAGGACAAGGAUGACGCAACCCAGCAGGAGCAAAGGGUUGUUCUGAGGGUGCGCAGGUCUAACAGUGUUGCAGAGGCUGUGACAGUGCGUGUCCAAGCAUAUGGAGGUUUGUUUACAAAACCUCCUCCCUUCACUCUGCAACCUGCUGGGACUCUCGCAAAGGUGGAGCAGGACUUCCGCUUGGAGUCCUCUGUGGUGUCUCUGCAGCCGGGUGAGGAAGAGGCAGAAGUUAUCCUCAUCAUCAUGGACGACUCAGAGCCAGAGGGACAGGAAGUGUUCUUCAUCUACCUCAGUGAUCCACAGGGCGGAGCUCAGAUCACUGACAGUCCACAACAGGGGUUUGGAUCUUAUGUCAAGAUCACCAUCCUUGGGAGCGACUUCCAAAAUGGCAUUAUAGGGUUUACUUUGAACUCCCUAAUGGGCCAGGUUCUGGAGGAGGAUUCAGCAAACAGAACUGCUCUGCUUUACCUACAGAGGCAGGAAAACAGAGCCUUUGAGGAUUUGCACGUCUUCUGGAGAGCUACAUUCAGCAAAGACUCGUUAAGCCUCGUCAGUAACGGAGUCAACCUGACGGCGCAGCUUGUGCAGACAUCAGGAACAGCAGUCUGUAGGAGAGGAGAGAUCACGUGUGCCCUCUCUCUGGAGGUCCUGGAUGAUAAAGAACCAGAGUACCAGGCGUGGUUCCUGGUGGAGAUUUACCAAGUAGGUGCUGGAGCUUCCAUCAAUGAGAGCACUCGUUUUGCCAACGUCACCUUGGCAGAGAGCGACAAACCAGAAGGCACCGUGCUCUUCGCUGUGGGUCACAGACUGGCUGUCGCUACUCUGAUGUCCACGAGGCUCAGCCUGCAGCUCUACAGACAAGGGAGCACAGCUUUAGCCAUGACCAUACAAUAUCGCACAGUGGAGCUCACCAAAGAAGAGAGUGUGGGUCCGUACGUGAUCUGGCCCGCUAAAGCUGGGAAGGACUUUCCUCAACAGGAGGGUCGAGUAACGUUUGCAGUGGGGAGCCAGAUCACAUCCAUAGACAUUAACCUGAUGCCUGACCUCAGAUCGCCUUCAACCACACCGAAGCGCUUCCAGGUGGAGCUCUUCAAUCCCACAGGAGGAGCCAGCAUCCACUCCCAGUUUGGACUGGCCAAUGUGACUCUGGUGUCUAAUGCAGCCAGUGAGUCUGUGUGGGGCUUACUGGACCAACUCCACCAGCCUCUUGACCAAACUGUGCUGAACCCAGUGCUGCAAGGAAUUAAGGGUAAAUUGGCCUUACCCCUCCCUCAAGAGCAGAUGAUAGCUGUGCUAGAAGGUCUGGGGAAGGUGCUCACAGAGGCAGAGCAGGCUCCUUUGCAUGAGAGCAGCCGGAAUUUGACCCUCGACCUGUUAUGUGCUUUGUCCGAUCCCAGUCGGGUCGACACUCGAGGCCUCAGCUACCUUGCUGAGGUCACCGAGCGAUAUGCGUUCUCCCUCCUCGCACACAGACAAUGUGAGAUAAUGGGUGUUGUUCUGGAAACCUGUCCAUUUAUGACCAUCUCUGCCUUCCAAUGGUACCCCACACAAAUAAAUGGACAUAGGUUCAGAGGACAGAACGCAGACUUCUUCCAGCUUCCAGACACACUGCUGCCGGUGCCAGCAGCCCUAACGCCAGACUGUAGGAACCUCAGCAGGAUCCAGCAGACUGAGUUCAGAACUGAACACUGGUUUCUCACCAAUGAUACGAACACAGCUGUCAGUGGGAAGGUUUUCUCAGUCAGCCUCAAGGAGAGAGGUUCACGACCGCUGGAAGAUGGCAAAGAGGUGACAUAUCGUAUCCACUCUGCUGGUCAGCAAGUUAAACCAGGAGAGACUGUGUGCCUUUUGUGGAAUCAGACCACUGCAAGCUGGUCAUCAGAUGGUCAGUACUGCAGGGUUGUGAAGGAAAGUGGGACUUAUGUGGAGUGUGCAUGCUCCCACUUGUCUGUCUAUGCAGCCCAUGCAGAGUUCGCCUUGCGUGCGUCCUACAACGAGGCCUUCUACACUGCAGGAUUUAUUUGUAUCUCAGGGUUUGCAUUGGCCAUCAUAUCCCAUGUCGUGUGCUCCCGUUCACCCAUGUUUGCUGCCAAAUUACUCACUCACAUGAUGGUGGGCUGCCUUGGUACUCAGAUUUGUUUCCUGGUGUCAGCUUUCCAUGGUCGAUUGUUUUCAGAGGACAGCUGUGCAACUCUGGCGCUCUUCUGCCACUAUUUCUACCUGAGCCAGUUUGUUUGGAUGCUGAUGCAGGCAGUGAACUUCUGGCAAGUGCUGGUGAUGAACGAUGAGCACACGGAGCGACGGUACUUGUUCUACUUCCUCCUGGGCUGGGGACUUCCUGCCCUGGCCAUCAUCGUGCUGGUCAUCGUGCUGCUCGGCGGCUUUGGCUGGAACAUCCAUGCUGUCUAUGGCCUGGUGCAAGGAGACGUGUGCUUUAUCCCAAACAUCUAUGCAGCUCUGUGCACGGCUGUCUUAGUGCCCCUCAUCUGUCUGGUUGCAGUACUGGUUAUAUUCAUCCACAUCUACCAGGUCACUGAGCAGUGGAAGGCCUACGAUGACCUUUACCGUGGACGGACCAACAGCACAGAGGUGCCGCUGGUCCUUUGCCUGUUUUUGCUCAUCUCCCUGGUCUGGCUGUGGGCUGGACUCCACAUGGGCUUUAAGCACCUGUGGAUGCUCAUCCUCUUUGUCAUCUUUAACUGCCUGCUGGGCUUGUAUGUAUUUGUUGUGUACUUUAUCAUGCACAACCAGGUGUGUUGGCCCACCAAAGCAAGCUACACAGUGGAGAUGAAUGGCCACGAUGGUCCUGAUGUGACCUACCCAGGAGGAGGGCCCACUUCGAUAGGAGGCGAUAUCAGCAAAUCAACACAGAAUCUCAUCAGUGCAAUGGAAGAGAUUUCUGCACACUGGGAGCAAGCAUCACUUCGGACCAGUAUUCAGCCCACCAGUGUGUUCAAGCCCAGUCCUGUGAUGGAGACGUACGCCACAGAGGGGAGCUUCAUAAAUACCAACAUGGUCACAGCAGACGAGGAGUCGCAGGAGUUUGAUGACCUCAUAUUUGCCUUAAAAACAGGCACCGGCCUGAAUGUCAGCGAUAAUGAAUCCAUCCCUGGAAGCCAUGACGGAGGAAGCGUCGCUAACUCCCAAAUCGUCGAGCUCAGGCGAAUCCCUAUCGCUGACACUCACCUCUAA